UAUUUUCCAAACCCUAAGACCGUUUACUCUGGUCUCUCCGCAGCCGUUCAAACCCUAGACAACCGAUAUCUACCCCUCUCACCGAAAAAUGACGACCCGCUUCAAGAAGAACCGGAAGAAGAGAGGGCACGUCAGUGCUGGCCAUGGACGUAUCGGCAAGCACAGGAAGCAUCCAGGAGGUCGUGGUAAUGCUGGAGGAAUGCACCACCACCGGAUUCUAUUCGACAAGUACCAUCCUGGUUACUUUGGAAAAGUCGGUAUGCGUUACUUCCACAAGCUCCGCAACAAGUUCCACUGUCCGAUCGUGAACAUCGACAAGCUCUGGUCCAUGGUCCCUCAGGAUGUUAAGGACAAGGCAACCAAGGAUACUGUGCCGAUGAUCGAUGUCACUCAGUUCGGGUACUUCAAAGUUCUUGGGAAGGGGGUUUUGCCUGAGAAGCAACCAAUCGUUGUCAAGGCCAAGCUUAUUUCGAAGAUUGCCGAGAAGAAGAUUAAAGAGGCUGGGGGAGCUGUUGUGCUUACUGCUUAGGUGAGGAUUUUAAGAUUUUGAGCUGUCCUUGAUUUUGUUAAAUUCAAGAGAUUAGUGAUAUUGUUGGACCGUUUGAUAUUAUGGAUACUUUAUGUUUUUCUUAUAAAUCUAUUGGUAUUGGCUUAUUUAUGGCUU